AUGCUCCGCCUACCCAGAUAUCUGCCAUCCCAGAAUCCCAAAGUGAAUAUUCAGAAAGUUCAAUACGCGCGCGGGGUACAAAGCAGAAAGCGACAGUACAUUGCCAGAAAUUCCUCAACUCCGAAAGAACAGAUUAACAUGAACACCGACGAAAAAAACCCCCUCACAGUGGCUGCAACAACUGAGUCACGAGAUCGAGGUGUGAUAUAA